UACUUUUUAGGACAACACAACUUCCUCACCAUCAUCUGAUAGCAAUUAAAGAAAAAAAUAAUAAUAAUAAAGAGAGUAAAAUUCGGGACAGACAAAACGUGCUUUUGGCUCCAAGAAACAAGAAGAGAUGGCAUAUUCUCCCAUAUAAAGAGGUUCAAGGUUUUCUUCUUCUUCUUCUUCUUCUUCUUCUUUCAGUUUCGCUUCUUUUGCAUAUUCGAAACCAGCAGCAACAAAGCGUUACAUGAACUCUUCCGUUUUCUGCUGAAUCUCAACACUCACUCCAAUGGCCGCAUCCGAGAUUAACUGGGACAAGCUAGAUAAAACAAAGUUCUAUGUCGUAGGAGCUGGACUCUUUACGGGUGUUACAGUGGCACUCUACCCAGUUUCUGUUGUGAAGACUAGACUGCAGGUUGCUUCAAAGGAUACUUUGGAGAGAAAUGCAUUUUCUGUUGUGAAAGGAUUACUUAAAACUGAUGGCAUCCCUGGUUUGUAUAAAGGGUUUGGCACAGUUAUAACUGGUGCAGUUCCUGCCAGAAUCAUAUUCCUCACUGCUUUAGAGACCACAAAGGUGGCUGCCUUCAGGAUGAUUGAGCCAUUUAGACUAUCUGAAACUACCCAGGCUGCCAUAGCAAAUGGAGUUGCAGGCAUGACAUCGUCACUUUUCUCACAGGCUGUGUUUGUUCCAAUUGAUGUGAUUAGCCAAAAGUUGAUGGUCCAAGGAUACUCAGGCCAUGCCCAGUAUAGUGGGGGUUUGGAUGUUGCUCGUAAGGUGCUAAGAUCUGAUGGCAUCAGGGGAUUAUAUAGAGGGUUUGGUCUAUCUGUUAUGACUUAUUCACCAUCUAGUGCUGUAUGGUGGGCAACUUAUGGAUCGAGUCAACGCUACAUAUGGAGAUUCUUGGGAGAUGGUGUUGAAUAUAAGGAAGGUACUCCUAGUCUACCAAAGAUUAUUUUAGUUCAGGCAACUGGAGGAAUUAUUGCUGGUGCUACUGCAUCCUGCAUUACAACCCCAUUGGAUACUAUCAAGACAAGGUUACAGGUGAUGGGACUUGAAAAGAGAAGCUCUGUAAAACAAGUUGUUAAAGACUUGAUCAACGAAGAUGGAUGGAAAGGUUUAUAUAGAGGAUUAGGUCCAAGAUUUUUUAGCAUGUCAGCAUGGGGUACUUCAAUGAUAUUGACUUAUGAGUAUUUAAAGCGCUUGUGUGCAAAAGAUGAAUAGAGGCAAUUGGUCUGCAACUGUUCUUUUUUUCGGUUGAUUAGCCAAGAUUUUGUCCCAAUCUACUUGGUAGUUGAGUUCCUUUUGUGGGUUGGUUUGAUGAUGUUAGAUAGACACACAUUGGCUUAUAAUCCUAUACCUUGAGCGUGGGCUUGCUGCUGGACAUUAUUAGGUUUGACUCAAAGGUUAAACUUUAAGCAGACAGUUAUUCUAUCUGAUUGUUCAGGAAAUAAUCGUGGAUACGUAGGCAUGGAGUUUUUCCUUACUGGAAAAUCAUUUUCAUUCUUUUCAAUUAUAUUAAAUUUGAUUAGGUGUAUUCUUUCCUAAAAUUGCUAUGGAUAAUGUACACCGGGACCGGGAGGAAAGAGAUUGCAAUCAAAAUUUUUUUGCCCCCGGUAAAUGUGUAAUAGUUUCAAAUU